AUGAGGCUAUCCUACCUCGAUGCUGGCCAGUCCAGUCCCUUUGAUGUCGAUUUCGACACCUCGAGCCUUUUCGAAUCUCCGCUCUUGACCAAUCGCUUAGCAACCAAUACCCCGCGUGUCUUCAUUGUUCCCUUUCGUCCUAAGACUGCAGCCUUAAUACUCAGACCAAUCCCCAAGGUCGUCCCUCACAAGAGUCGACGGUCCCUGCCUUACUUUGGACACCAGCAACUUGAUUUGGAUUAUUUCCCUGAACAUAUUGGGGCACCUGUCUGUGAUUGUCCCCUUGGUGGCCCCAUUGACGGCUGGGAUGAGGAUGGCGACAGCGAGGGUGUGGCCGAUAUCGAGUCUGAAGCAGAGGACGAGGCCGAUUUCGAGGGCGUGAAGGCCACAGCCAAAGCACCUCGCAAGCCUAAGACAACUGCGCGAAAACCUGAUGGUCAGAUCGCGAAAAAAAUGAAGGUUGCUGGUGGUCGGCCAGCAGUGGCCAAGAAAGUGACUGCAGAUCUCGAUUCUGACGACGAGUUGAUCGUUCGUAUGAAGGAAGCACGCUACCUUGAGAAAGACAUUGCGCAAGCCCUGAUCGACCAAGGACGUACAGCUUAUAAUCCAAAGACUAUCGGGACACGCUGGAGACGUCUGAAGGCGGCUCUGCAGAAGAGACAGGAUGCUUUGCUUGAUGCAGACUUGACUGACUGGCAUGAUGGUGAUGAUGAUGUCUUGGUUAGAGCUAUUGCCAAAUCCGAGAAGGAGAUAAGACGCUUGAGAGAAGAUAUUGAAUCACGCAAAUGGCGGAUGGUGGCUGACGCAAUGAAAAAUGAAAAGCCCGUCCUCAAUUUCUCCCAAAAUGCCUGCCGCAAACGAUUCGAAGAGUUGCUGGAUGGGACUGCGAAACCAACCCCAGAGUCAAUCGUGAACCCCACAGCUGAAGUGCUUGAGCGCAUUGAGUCACGAAAGGCCAAGCAACGCAACCUUGACGAGCAGAGCCCCCAAGCAAAUAUCGAGCAGCGAAACGUCGAAGCCAAUGGAUGGACAUCUCGGCAGAGAAUUUACUUCUAA